GUGCAAAAAGAUCUUGUGUCUCGGAGAGGCAGCAGGCUUUGUCCAAACUCUUCUUUGGACCUGGUGGACACUUCAGUCAACACAGUUUAUUCUUUGCCCCAGAAGAAAGACAAGAACCUCAGAAAGUCGCUAGGUUUGCCAAGUCCUGUCCUCCUUCUUUCAAAGAACUGUUUGUAGACUCUGGGCUGUUGCUCCCUCUUACUGAAAGGGGAAGUACUACUCAAUUCUUCACCUUAGAAACUUUCCUCAGUGAAGCUUUUAGGGUGCUAUUCCCCUCCAGGGACCUAGCUCUGCUUGCUCUCCAGUUCACCAUGGACCCAAAGCGACUCCAGCAAAACCUUUUUGGAGGGAAAUUCUUAGAGAAUAUAAGCCGGUUUAACUUAUCUGGGGCCAUUGGUGCCAGGAGUACAUUUAACUUUACCCAAUUUUUUCAACAAAUUGGUCUACAAGGAAUCAAGAACAGAGGAGAUUUAAUUGAACUGACCCAACAGCUAUCAGUUGGCCCUGAUGAGGUUCUUGCAAAUUCAAAGGAAAGGUUGACUCUGAAUCAACCAAUUGUGGGCAGUUUUGGCCAGAAGGUUAAUUUACAGGAUAGCCAAAACAAGUUAAAAUUUCUCUCCUCUGUUAUGGAGCUGCCAGAGUUUCUUCUCUUCUUGAAGAGUGUGAUUUCUGUCCCAGAGAAUAUAGCCAGAAGUCUAGGAGAUGUCAUAAAAAUGGCCCUCGAAUCCCGGGCCUGUGAACAGCCAUCCAGAGAGCUGUUUGUUCCCACAUGCACUGAUGAGGGGAAUUAUGACCAAGUUCAAUGCUUUGCUGGAGAGUGCUGGUGUGUGGAUCCCCAGGGCAGGGAGCUCCCAGCUUCAAGGAUCCGAGGCCAGCGACCCAGGUGUCCCUCUGAAUGUGAGAAACAAAGAGAACAGGCACAAGUUUUCAUGAGAAGCCUGCCUGCAGGGUCAAGUCUUUCGGUUCCUUCCUGUUCCAGUGAUGGAAGUUUCCUCCCAGUUCAGUGCUCUGAUUCAGGUUGUUACUGUGUUGAUUCUGAGGGUCGAGCCAUUCCUGGAACUGAAAAGAUGAAUGGAGAACCGAAGCAAUGUAAGUCACCAGUUUUAAUAACUAUAGCUUUCUCAAGGCAUCAUCAACUUUAG